AUGAGUGGUGGCUUGAGCGACGAUGAAUUGGACACUGGGAUGUCUUCACCAACCGUUUUCGGUGGGCCGAGGUCUCCCCAAGGUGUCUUUUCGUCUUUGGCGCCGGGUGCUGCACCAGGCAUGACAACGCCUGUAGCCCGCACGGCACUUCUUCCGGCCGUGGGUUUGAGCCAGCCUUCGGGUAGCAGAUCGCCUUCACCUUCUGUCGCAGAGAGGACACAACGCGGUUCGGGCCGCGCUGGCCGCUCGCGAUCUCAGUCGGCUUCGAGACGACAGCGCGCUCAGGAGCGAGGCCGGGAAGUAAGUCAGCCGCGACGUCGCAAGUCCCAGCCGCCACCGCAUGAAGUGCUGGAGGCGAUCGAGCUGCAGGGCGCAGCGAAGCCGGAAACCGGGGCUACGGAACCCGUACACUCGAGAGGACGCUGGCGGGGAAGAAGGCGAAGCAGAAACAGAGAGGAAGAGAACACGGGAGACGACACCGACUCGGUGAAGCAGGCAGGUGCACAGACAGCAGCGGGAGAGGCGCAGAGCCAGAAAAGAAACUCGAGAGAUGAGACGGAGUCUGCGGGCCUUGCACGAAGUCAGCACCCGUCGGUCGGUGAGGAACCGCGCGAGGAAGGCACGGAAACGAGGAAGAAGGGACAUUUUGCAGGGUAUCCCGGGACAAGGGUGCCAAGAGAUGUGAAAGCGUUCCUCGCCGCCCGACAAGCGCAAAAGGAAGAGCGGAGAAUGGAGCGGAAGCGCGUCUCUUCUCCGAGAGUUGCUCCCGUGCCCCGGCGAGGCGACCAACGAGGCGGGCAAGGAGGUGGGGAACGAGGAGCAAAGGACAGAAGUCCCGACAAGCGACCGCGAGCUCUCGCCAGGUCGCCGUCUUUAAAGCGAAGGAUGUUUCGCCAAGCAGAAAAAGAAAGGGAACAGUUUGCACAACGUCUUAAACGGUCCGCGGAGAUGGAUGGGAAGCGAGGCGCCAAGGGAGAUCGCGAUGACGAGAAAACGCUUGACAAGCAGCGUCUUAUUCCCCUUCUUGAUGAAGGGCCUGGCCACAAGAGUGAGCGCAGAGAGACAGCGACGCGUAGGGUGCCUCCGCAGGCCCGCCACAGCGCCGACCGUCAGGCGUACCGUAGUCCAGCAACCUCUCCAAUUCGCAAGACAGCCGAAGAGAAGAAGAAGCCUCAUAAGGCGGCAGGUCAGGUCCACAAAACGCCAGGGGGCACAUCGACCCCCGAGGCCAGUGAGGACGAUAAAAAGAGAGGGACGAGAACGAGAAGAGGCGUCGCUCCGUUGCUGGAAAUCGUGUCCCCUUCUAUGUCUCUGUCGGGGUCUUCUCCACCGCCCUCGCCCUUGUCCGUGGACGCCCCCGCGAUAGGGCCCGACGCUGCGCCUCUGCCUUUUACGGGAGGCCCCCGAAGGACACGCACAGUCUCUUCGCUCUUCGCGUUUUCUGAAAACCCGGGGGAGAUGGAAGACCCCGGACAAAAGCUCGACGGCGGCGAGCCGUACUCCAGCGGCACCGGACAUACCCAGUCCGGAGACAGUAUCCACACAGACGCUCCGGUCGGGGCGACAAAGGCCGGUUCCCGUCGCGCGGGGUGUCGACGACACCUUCCUCUGCGGUUCCCCUUUCCUCUGCUCUCGCUCCCGCCUGCGACGCCGCCGGCGCCUCCGCCGACGCCGAUCUCGCCGUUGACACCGCGUACGCCGCACACGCCAUCGAAGCAAUUGGCCACUACUACCCACAUGCCAUUCGUCUGGCAGGACCGCGAGGAAGAAUUUGAACAAGACGAACUCGAGGUCAUUCACUUGCCGCCAGGGUGGUGGGGCACUCUCGGGCCGAAUCGGUUCGGUGUCGAGAACGAAGAGGUAACGCCGCCCUCGCGACCGGCGGGAGACACUGCGUUGGGCCGUGCGGACGCCGCCGUGGCGUUAAAAUGGCCCUCAACAGGAAUGCGUGACAGCGGGAGCGAGGCACGCAACGAACAAACAGCCAGUGAAGAGGAGCUCUUCCCGAGGAAGCGGUCUGCGGCCUCGUUGGUCGCCGUGCCUGCCCACCGGCCUCACUUGCCCAACGCAGAUGGAGAAGACCGCAGCCUGACUUCCUUCUUCCGGGAAGUUAGUAAGGCACUGGGAGUCGGCAUUCCGGGUCGAGAUCGGCCGCAGCUGGGCACAGAAGCUGCAGACGAUGCAGCGGAUCAAGUCAGCAAGAGCAAGAAAGCUUUGGCGGAUAGAAUCAAGGCACUCGCAAUGGCUCAUGCCAAAGAGAGCACGGAGGAAGGGAAAGGGGAGGCCUACGAAAGAGAACAGAGACAGCUGGAGGACUACGGCGGCUUGACGGACGAACUUCCCGCUGGUCGCCUUAGCCUCAUUUUCUUAGGAGUCGUGUGCGCGGUGAGCCGCGUGGGCUUCGACAUCCGCAAGCGGAAGAAGCGCGAGCGGCAGCGGCGCCUCGGGAGAAUGGCGUGGCGUUCGCGUUUCCAGUCCAGUCCCGAUUUCUCCGUUUCUCGGGCGGGAUCCCAACUGGACUACACUUUCUCUUCCUUCUCACGGACCUCCGCGUCCAGCGCCUUCACGCAUUCGACCCUGUCGACGUCGCCGAACGCCUUUGGCCGGCCUCCGCGGCCGGGCGGCGAGAGUGAGUCGACUGCCAGCACAGGCUCCUCGCACGUUUCUUCCUCUGCCUCGUCGUCGUCGGCCGACAGCAUUCCCGUCCCUGGCGCGCACGCGAAAGACGGCGGGCGCAAGAACGGCGCUCACCACGGAUCGAUGAGACGAGGCUGGGCGAGCCGCCCGCGGCGGGAGGCGCGUCUGGCCGAUGGGGAAGCGCGCCCUCGGGCGGAAACAAGAAACCCUGUGAGUGGACAGAAGCAAACUGGCGAGCCAAAAAGACAGAAGCCCGCGCGCGGCCUCGCGGCUGGUGGCAAGGUCCCCGCCUCGGCGCGAGACAGCUUCCCAGCGAGGGGCGGGAACGAAGAGGCCCCUGUGGGGCCGACUGACCCGUCUCUGCAGGCGGCUCCACAGUCGCCACAAACGCGCGGUGCGGCCACUUCUCCCGGCCUCCCCAGCAAACAAACGAAGAGACACAGCCAACAGAGAGCGGGGUUUUCAACCGCGUACGGCACUCGGCGGAGAAGCAUCCGAAGUCGAAAGCGCAGAAGACACAGACAGAACGAAGAAGCGGCGACGGCGCCUGCGGCGGGGCUCUCCGUCGUGCCACCGGCACAGAAUGAGGCAGGGCGCGACAGCCGAACUGCAUUUUCCGUAUACGAGAACCCCGCUUUCUCCCCCUAUCAAGAGGCGCCCGAACAUUCGGAUAAGUUAGACUGGAUCGUGAACGCCUUGGUGCGCGGGAAAGGUGCAUAG